CGUCGUCGGCAGCAGCAGCAUCGUCAGCACCAGCGUCAACGUCAGCGUCAGCGUCGCUAUGGGCAAGCAGUCGAGCAAGCUGCGGCCGGAGGUGCUCGCCGACCUGCGGGAGAACACCGAGUUCUCGGACGCCGAGAUCCACGAGUGGUACAAGGGCUUCCUCAAGGACUGCCCGUCGGGCAACCUGUCCGUCGACGAGUUCAACGGCAACUUCUUCCCGUACGGCGACGCGAGCAAGUUCGCCGAGCACGUGUUCCGGACGUUCGACGCCAACGGCGACGGCACGAUCGACUUCCGCGAGUUUCUGACGGCGCUCAGCGUGACGUCACGCGGCAAGCUGGACGACAAGCUGCGCUGGGCGUUCAGCAUGUACGAUCUAGACGGGAAUGGCUUCAUCAGCAAGAGCGAGAUGCUGGAGAUUGUCACG